UAUUUAUUUACCAUGUUUUUGUUUGCUCCCCCGUGCAGCUCCAAAAUCGAAUACAACUGACUCUGGCUUAUGGCCAUGGAUUCCAACGGAGUAGUGGAGACGGCGGCCGAUAUCCGCCGAGAUAUCGCUUCGUUGGAGAAGGCCAAGGCCCAAAUCGAGGAUCGCAUAUCAGCUCUGCGAGCAAGGCUCAGUAGUCCUAGCUCGGAGAAUGGAAGCGAGGCGGCGGAUUCCCCGGCCCCGCGUCCCACCGGAACGCCUUCCGGCGGCCAAUUGUCGGCUGAUAUUAUCCACAGGUACAGCCGCCACCUGAUACUCCAGUCGUUUGGGGUUGAUGCUCAGGCGAAUUUGUUGAAGUCCUCGGUGUUGGUUAUUGGGGCCGGCGGCUUGGGCGCUCCUGCUCUGCUUUACCUGGCGGCUUGCGGUGUAGGUUUGGAACUUUUUUCGCUUGUUAUUGUUGGGGAGAGAUUGGUGAAUGUUGUGAACUGGCGCAUGAUUUCAGGGCGUGUGGGUAUUGUUGAUGAUGAUGUAGUGGAGCUUAACAAUUUACACAGGCAGGUAAUCCAUACUGAAGCAUAUAUUGGAAGAUCGAAAGUAGAGUCUGCUGCUGCUUCAUGUCACGCGAUUAAUUCUACUGUUCAAGUAGUGGAGCACAAGGAAGCAUUCCGUACAUCCAAUGCCUUGGAGAUUAUGCGAGAGUAUGAUAUUGUUGUAGAUGCAACAGACAAUGUACCUAGUCGUUACAUGAUCAGUGAUUGCUGCGUUGUCUUGGGAAAGCCUCUAAUUUCUGGAGCUGCACUGGGGCUGGAGGGACAGCUCACUGUUUACAAUUAUAAUGGAGGUCCAUGCUAUCGAUGCCUAUUUCCAACUCCGCCACCUACAACGGCAUGUCAGAGAUGUGCAGACAGUGGAGUUCUUGGAGUAGUUCCCGGCAUUAUCGGGUGUCUCCAGGCAUUGGAAGCUAUAAAAGUUGCAGGUGCGGUUGGAGAACCACUUUCAGGAAGAAUGCUUCUGUUGGAUGCACUGUCUGCUAGAAUUCGUGUUGUGAGUUUAUCUCUUGUUAAUGCCUUAUUCCUUAAGAAAUUCCUAUCCACUAAUUGUCAGCAUAAAGAGCAUGUUAAAAUCAGAGGGAGGUCAUUACAGUGUGAAGCAUGUGGAGAAAAUGGGACGAUGACGCAAGAGCACUUUCGAACAUUCGACUAUGAAAAAUUUACUCAAUCUCCAUUAUCCACGUCUCCAAUGAAGCUAAAUCUGCUCCCAUUAGAGGAUAGAAUAACGAGCAAGGAGUACAAUGAGAAACAUUCGAAAGGCGAGCCACAUGUUUUGGUCGAUGUUCGGCCCUCUCAUCACUACCAAAUCACUUCACUCCCGAACUCACUAAACAUCCCUUUAGCAAAUCUAAAAGAGAGAAUAUCCGAAAUAUCGGUAGCCUUGGCAAAGGAGAAAGAGAAGAACAAGAUUGGUGAUAGCAAUCGAGAAGCCUCUCUGUACGUGAUUUGCCGAAGGGGAAAUGAUUCGCAGAUGGCCGUUGAGUUACUUCGUGAGGUGGGGUUCGGUUUGGCUAAGGAUAUUGUUGGAGGGCUCGAGUCGUGGGCCCACGAUGUGGACCCACAAUUCCCAACGUACUAAUGAUGAAUUACAUUGAUCGUCGGGUGAU